UCCCAAUGGACCACGUGAGCAAAUUUAUUACCAUUUUUAAAAUUCGACAUUGGUAUAAAAGGGAGACCGAGCACUAUCCGAGCAUAAGCUUAGUUUCUUCUACGAAGCAAACAACCAACCCAAUCAACCAACCAUGUUCAAGCUGGCUGUCUUCGCUGCCAUUUUGGCCGUCGCUGUUGCCGCUCCCGGAGGUCUUACUGGCAUCGCCAUCAGCCCUGGAACUGGCCCAAUCCACGCUCCCCAAGUGGUCGCUGCUGCAGUUCCCGUAGCUGCCGCUCAUGUCGUUGCCCAACCCGUGGCCCCGGCUGUCCACCAGACCCCCAUCGUCACCAGGACCGUCCUUAACCAUGCCGCUUAUGCCGCACCUCUUCUCGCUGCUCCUCUUCAUGGUUAGACAAUAGCGUCGACGAUAAAUCUCCAACCUACCACCACCACCAAAACAACCAACCAACCAACCAACCAACCAACCAAUCAACCAAUCAACCUUACCAACCAACCAACAGUCAUGACGAGAUAAGAACAACCCCCGAGACAAUACAACAUCCCUCAUAUCAUCUAAAGCCUCGUUGAUUGCAUUCUCGCGUGACGAUGAAUAGACCAUAGGCUCGGAGAAACGACAAAACACACAAAAAAAAAAAAAAAAA